UUUAGAUUCUUCUUCUCUUUCGUUUAUAAUACGCUACCCCCUUCCCCAAACCUUCUUACUUUUUUGUACCCGUCCAAUCUGCCAUAUCCAAGAGCCCCAAGAGACCAGAUAGCAGGUAAUUCAAAAUGGUUUAUGCUGGUGGUUCAUCUUCGCGGGGAAGCAGGUCCGAAAUCAAAGCUUCACGUGAACGAAGUGUUGAAUGUUUCCAUUAUGUGUAUUCGAACCAUAGAACUGUAAAAAAUGGCCCCAAUAUUGGACGGCAGUUCUAUGGAUGCGCUCUAUGGCCAAAAGAUGAUUGUUCUUAUUUUCAAUGGGUUGAGGACAAUCCUUGUGUGUUUUUGGAAGAGAAGACAAAUGAUAAGGGUAAUUUAGUUGAACAGCUUUUGAUGGAGAAAAAAGAUUUGGAGGAGAAGAUUGUGAAGCUGGAAAAGAAGAAAGAAAAGAUGAGAGCUAAAAUCAAAGAAUUUCGCAUUUUGGCUUGAAGCACGGAAAGGGAGAGAAACUUGCAUUUGUUUGGCUGCUUGUUUCAUGGAUUUUAUUUAGCAUUAUAGUAUUAUACUAUAUCAGAAGUGAAUUGAGGUGUUUAGUAGGUAGUAUUACUAUUGUAUUAUAAAUAUCUUUGAAUGCUUGCCAUGUAUUAAACCGUUAUGUUGGUGUUUGGGUGUAAGCACUACUGAUGUUUUAGUUCUUCAACUGUGUUAUUUGAAUUCCGAGUUACUCUGUUUGACUAAAGGGGUUGCAAUUGUUAUGAGUUAUGGCCAAAUAUUAUGGAUGUGAUAACGUGAUGCUAAAAAGGAUGACCAAAAAUGGUUG